CUUCUCGAGAAAACAUAUCCUAACACAAUGGCCCUCCCACGGGAACCUUGGCCCCAAUUUGAUCCCCUCUUCCAUAGACGCCUCUUUCACCACGUCCGCGGGCUCUAUCUGGAUGAGCUGUCGUCGUUUUUAUUCCCCGGACAAGCGCACAAUGCGACCCCGUCACCUAAUGGGCACCUCCAUAAACCAAAUGUCAAGAAAAGUGACUCACAACCUGUUCUUCCUCCACCCACCGCGGUCGUAGCUCUUGAUUAUGCCAUAGAAGAGGAGGCGGAGGAAGAGGACAAGAAGGAGUCGGAAGCAGCAGCACCCCUCUGUUCUUCCCUCCAGUCUUCUCGAGCCUCAACUGUCCACGCCGCAUCGAUCUGCGAUCCCCUUCUUCCCGAUGACUGGCUCUACCUGCCCGUUUUGCGUCACUAUCUCCGCUCUGUCGCAACGCCUCAAAACUCGGGUGAUGAGCAUGCCUGCAAUUGGAGCGAAGACUCAUCUAACGUAAGUCCCUGUCAGGAACUUAAUUCAAUAUUGUGGCGGCUAUCUAAUUCGCCACGUUACCGAAAGCUUCCUGGCUUACCGAUUUUCGAGACUGGCCUCGUAAAAUUGUUGAACUCAACAGCUGAUUCUGUUGCCGUAGGUGGAACUCAUGCACCAUAG